AUGCUACUGCCAAACACACGCAUAACGCUCUUCAUCACGGACCACGAAAGCAUCGGGAGUACAAACAUAGCUGAGGAAGAGGCUCUUCUGCGUUAUCCGGCUGGGUCCAAUGGUGCUCCUUCGGAUAGCAAGAACAGUACAAGGAUCAAGCCCGAUAAGGAGAAGCUGAAGGCCAAAGCUCGGUACAAGGCCGCGGUCAAAGUUUGUGACCGAUUUGGCAGCAAGUCCAACCUAACGAAGCAAGAGAAGGAACGGUUGGCUUGGGCCAGAGAGGAGAUAAAAAUGGCCGGGCCUUCCAAUCCGAAGUAUACGAACAAAAUAGAAGAAGAACUAGCCAUCAAGAGGCAAUGUUCUGCGAAUAGCGAGAUCUUAGUGCCAUCGAAAAAGCAGAAGCACAUACACGAGAUGGCUAAACCGAAAAACGAAAAGCCUACGACGUUGAAAGCAGCGUUAGCGGCCAGUGAAAUUGCCAAGAAGCAUCUCAUAGUGGCACUCACUGACCGUAGUGACCAGGUGAGGCGAACGGUGGAAGGUAGUGGAAAUGAAACUAUGAAAACCCUGUUUACGAAAAUGGACGCAGAGCCGAACGCACCCAUGCCAGCAUUAGAUGGAGCAGGGUGGUUCAACGGCGUCAAAAUUAUAAAAUGUAAGAAUGACCCCAUGCUCACAUGGCUAAAGGAAGCAGUAAAAACGCUUCAAGGCCUGUGGGAAGGGGCAUCGCUUGAAAUUGUUGAUCGCAGCUGCAUUCCCUCAAUACCGAAGGCAACGGUGUAUGGUCGAAGGCCGCGAGUGGUAAAACCGGAAAAUGCACUGCGACUACUACAAAUACACAACACGGACGUGCCGACAACCGACUGGAAAGUGUUGAGCGUGGCAAAACCAGCAACUGCUAAUGAAGGCCAAGACUACAUUAUCCAGAUCAACAAGCUGGCAGAAGACCUGCUUUACGCGCGAUUCGGGAAGAUGGCUUGGGGCAACCCGGCAGAUGACAACCACAACACGCUCGCUGCGGGGAGGUGGAAAAGGAUCUUGGUAUAG